GAGAGAGAUAGAGGGGGUUGUACGCACGGCUAUAAGCUAUUCCAGAAAAGAGGAUGCCCGAACUAUCAGGGCGUGCAGAUCUCGACACGUGGACCCACGCUUAUAAUCGGAUGCAAACCUAUUUAUAUUCCACUCUUUAUUCUCCAGUUCUGGUCCGCCUUCUCUCUCUUCUCUCUCGCCAUUCUCUCUCUCUCUCUCUGUCUCUCUCUCUCUCUCACUCCAAUCCCUCAAACCCUAGAGUCCUUUCAAUUCUCUGUCCAUUUUCUCGACCGAAAGCCCCUUAUUCCAUGCUUCGAUUCCUUAGUUUUUUCGAUUUUCUACUCUGAAAAAUUUUUCUAUCCGGUUUUUCCGAGAAAAUUUUAGAUAUUCGAUUUUUUUUUUUUUUUUCGAGGGGGUGGAGUCGGAGGUAGACGGAAAAAGGAAGCAUCAAAAGAAAAAUGACGUCUUUGACGAGCAGUGUCUAUGUCAGUGUCAUCGAGGAUGUGAUCAACAAGGUUCGCGAGGAGUUCAUCAACAACGGCCCAGGAGAAGACGUUCUCAAGGAACUUCAAGGAACAUGGGAGGCAAAGAUGAUGCAAGCGGGUGUAGUGAAUGAUCCCAUAGAUAGGUCCUCAGCUCAAAAGCCCACACCUGGUGGUCCAGUUACUCCAGUUCACGAUCUCAAUAUGCCCUAUGAAGGGACUGAGGAGUAUGAAACUCCAACAGCUGAGAUACUCUUUCCUCCAACGCCAUUACAGACUCCCAUACAAACACCUUUGCCUGGAAGUGGGGAUGGUGUGUACAAUAUUCCCACUGGACCUCAUGACUAUACUGCACCUGGAAAUGAUACUGCUGCUGGUGGUGGCAGCGGCAAUAACAACAACGCUGAAACGAAAUCUGGAAGACCUAGCCCAUACAUGCAACCUCCUUCUCCCUGGAUGAAUCAGCGUGGUUCACUCGAUGUUAACAUCGCUUAUGUGGAAGGGCGGGAGGAGGUGGAUAGAGGAAACUCUCAUCAAACUCCGACCCAGGACUUCUUCACGAUGUCUUCUGGAAAGAGAAAACGCGAAGAAUUUCCUUCACAAUAUCCAGCUGGUGGAUUUAUACCUCAGCAAGAUGGAGCUGGAGAUUCGGCUCCUGAUUUUUUUGAGAUUGAGGUAAGUGGAGGAAGCUCUUCCCUUGUUAGGUUUGCAAAUAGUGAGAUGUCAGCACGUGUUGCAAGGGCAUCCUCAAAGAUUCCUCAACUUGAUGGGCCCAUUCCUGAUCCCUAUGAUGAUGUGCUUUCUACUCCUAAUAUAUACAACUAUCAAGGAGUCUACAAUGAAGACUACAAUAUAGCAAACACACCUGCUCCUAAUGACGUUCCGGCUAGCACUCCUGUUGCUCCUGCUCAAAAUGAUGCUGUCGAGGAUGAUGAUGAUGAGCCCCCAUUGAAUGAAAAUGAUGACGAUGAAUUGGAUGAUGUGGACCAAGGAGAGGAGCUCAAUACACAACAUUUAGUUUUGGCUCAGUUUGACAAGGUAACACGCACCAAGAGUAGGUGGAAAUGCACCCUGAAAGAUGGCAUUAUGCACAUAAACAAUAAGGAUAUUCUGUUUAAUAAGGCAACAGGAGAAUUUGACUUCUGAUUUUGUUGGGAAAAAAAUCUGUUUUGCCAAUUAGUGGCUGUUGUCUUGGCCAGAGCAAAAUCCAGAGGUCUCGUUCGGUGUUUCGUGAUUUUACUUUAUUAAUUGUUAUUAAGUGAAAGGUUGAGGGGAGAGAAAGACAUGGUUAAUACUAUUUUAAGAUUGGGAUGGAUGUUGGCCUGCUGUAUAUAAUGGGUGAGCUUUUUCGGCCUUUUAGAAAUGGAUGAUCGCUCGAGGCAUUUCCAGGAGUUUUACAAAUUCUGUAAUGGAAUAUGAGAUUCAAUAUACUCUGUAUACUUGAGAACUUUUUGGUUAAUUUAUGAAUUGCAUUGCAUAUUAUGUAUUUAA